AUGGAGGUCCCAAGCGGCCCCGAGCCCACGCCGGGCUGCAGCGGCAUGCGCCCUGGCGACGGCGGCGCCCACUCGUGGGCCCCGGAGGACGCCUGGAUGGGCACCCACCCUAAGUAUUUAGAAAUGAUGGAAUUAGAUAUAGGAGAUGCCAGCCAAGUUUACAUAGCAUUCUUGGUUUACCUCGACCUGAUGGAGAGUAAAAGUUGGCAUGAAGUCAGUUGUGUGGGCUUACCAGAUCUGCAGCUCAUCUGCCUUGUCGGUACUGAGAUAGAAGGAGAAGGAUUACAGACUGUGUUGCCUACACCCAUCAGCGCGUCCCUCAGCCAUAACAGGAUAAGGGAGAUCUUGAAGGCAUCUCGAAAAUUGCAAGGUGAUCCAGAUUUGGCAAUGUCUUUUACUUUGGCCAUAGUGGAGUCUGAUUCCACAAUAGUCUAUUAUAAACUUACUGAUGGAUUUAUGCUGCCAGACCCUCAGAAUAUUUCCCUUCGAAGAUGACACCUAUACUUCCUGAUGCUUACUUUGGGAUUGGGUUUGAGAUCCGUCAGCCUGGUUCAUCCUUUAUCUCAGAGAUAGUUAGGGUUGACUUAGCUGGCCCCAUUCCAUUUUUCUUUUUGAGGAAUAAAACUUUCCCAGAUAGAAUUUGUUUUUUUUUUUAUUCCUAACUAUAGGGUAGUUGCCCUAGAACUCUUAUCUGGAUACAGUUUAAUGAUAGUUAUAUACAGAUUUAUGCUUAGGAUGUAUUCACAGGGGUCGAGCACUUCUGUCCCCCAACUCAUAGCUGCCUCACUGUUCGUUGCCGCCACUGCUUAUACAUUAUUGAGACUGUCAGCUUUUUCUUAUUCAUCCUACUUAGUGCCUUUUGGCCACUACAACUCGCCUGGAAUGGCCUUUCAUGGACACCUUGACACCUGGAGAGUUUACUCAGUUUGUUUUUAAAUCCCCAGUAGAAAGUAGAAGUUUUCUUUCAGCUGGUAUUUGUGUGACAGUUACUGCUGACUUUAAGUUAAAAGUAAAAAUAUGCUCAUUCCAACUAUAAAAUUACAUAUAUGUCUUGAUUAAUAGGGACCAGAGAAGUGCCGCCUAUGAGAGC